AUGGCGUCUAGCACGCCGCACGACUUCACGAUGCCGGUUCCGCCUCCUCUCCUGCACACGCGCUCGAGCAACAAUGAUGGCGGCGACUACCCCGGCACGCCUACACACGACAACGACGCCUUUAUCUCCCCCGUGCAGACACCGCAGGGCAGCCCGAGCAAGAACAAGAUGCCGCCUGGCGCCUUCGACCUGCCCAAUGUCUUUUCCAACGCGAUGAAGCUGAUGCCUACCCAAGGCCAGCCCAACCACGGAGCUCUACAGGCUAAACAGCAAGGCACCGCCAGUCCCGGCAAACACGACUUCGAUCCGUUCGCUAUGCAGGACACAAAGGCUGGAGCACCGGGGAGCCCCACUCGCAAGAAUGGCAAGGAGAACACACCUCCCACGCACCGACCACAACUGCAGCAAACGCAGAGCUUCAUCACACAGGCUGCAGCCAGUAGACAAGAGCCAUAUCGGCCACGUGAAGAUCGAUCGCCGACGCGCCAGAAGAUCCAGUCCGAAGCACUCACCGCUGAAGAAAUCGAGAAGUUGCAGAAGCAGAAUGUUAAGAGACUGGCAAAUGUGACACAAUUGUACUUCCUCGACUACUACUACGACUUGCUGUCAUAUGUACACAACCGAUCGAACCGUCUGCAAGCGUUCAAGGCGCACAAUCCACCGCCGACACCUUCAAUGCCUCAGGCGGACGUGGACAAGCACAACGAGCUUUGGAGGCAGUAUCUGAACCGCGAGCGUGGAACACUUCGAAAGCGACGAACUCGGCUACGACAUGGCGACUUCCAGAUCUUAACACAAAUCGGACAAGGUGGCUAUGGGCAGGUGUAUCUGGCCUCCAAGAAGGACACACGAGAGAUCUGCGCACUGAAAGUCAUGAGCAAGAAGCUCCUCUUCAAGCUCGACGAAGUGCGACAUGUGCUGACUGAGCGAGACAUCCUUACCAAUGCUAAGAGCGAGUGGCUAGUCAGUCUGCUGUACGCCUUCCAGGAUGACAGCAGCAUCUAUCUGGCCAUGGAGUACGUACCUGGUGGCGACUUCCGCACCUUACUCAACAACACUGGAGUCCUGCACAAUCGUCAUGCGCGAUUCUACAUAUCCGAGAUGUUUCUAUGCGUCGAUGCUCUGCACAGUCUAGGCUACAUUCAUCGAGAUCUCAAGCCCGAGAACUUCCUGAUCGAUGGAACAGGUCACGUCAAGCUGACUGACUUCGGUCUGGCCGCCGGCUUCCUUGCGCCCCAGAAGAUCGAGAGCAUGCGAAUCAAGUUGAAGGAGGUCGGCAACAUCCCAGCCUCUGCAGUACCAUUUGGCCGUCCGAUGGAGGAGCGAUCCCUGAAGGAGCGAAGGGAAGGCUACAGAUCUCUGCGUGAGAACAACGUCAACUAUGCCAAGUCGAUAGUAGGCUCACCCGACUACAUGGCACCUGAGGUACUCAAGGGCGAGGAGUACGACUUCACAGUCGACUACUGGUCUCUCGGCUGCAUGUUGUUUGAAGCUCUUGCCGGAUACCCGCCCUUCGCUGGUGCUUCGGUGGAUGAGACGUGGCAGAACUUGAAGCGCUGGCAACACGUGUUGCGCAAGCCUGAGUACGAAGACCCUAACUACUUCCUGUCGCGUCGUACCUGGGAUCUCAUCACUCGUCUCAUCAGCGUGAAGAGCCAUCGUCUACGCGGCAUCAAGGAUGUGCAGGCGCAUGACUACUUCCGAGAGGUGGCCUGGGACCGGAUCAGACAAGAGCGUGCACCAUUCGUACCUGAGCUGGACUCCGAGACAGAUGCUGGCUACUUUGACGACUUUGGUAGCGAAAAGGACAUGGCGAAGUAUAAGGAAGUGCUGGAGAAGCAGGAAGCACUGGAGCGUAUGGCUGAUCGCGGAGGCGAGAUGGGUCGCUCUCUGUUCGUUGGCUUCACGUUCAGACAUCGUAAGCCUACCACAGACGACAAUGGACAGCCGACCAGUCCUCGCAAACCCUUGUCCGAGAUCAACGAAGACUUCGGAACUAUCUUCUAA